AUGACCACUGAUCAGUCUGAAGUUGGUUAUACCUUUGAUGACAUUAACUCAAUAGCCAAAGAUGUUCUUCAGAAAACCCAACACCGUCCAACGAUUGGUAUUAUUUGUGGGUCUGGAUUGGGUGGACUAGCCGACAAGGUAGAUCAACCAGACGUCGUACAUUAUCAUGAAAUUAAGGAAUUUCCUGUGGCCACUGUACAAGGUCAUGAAGGGAAGUUGGUAUUUGGAAAGUUAGAAGGAAAAACAGUUGUUUUAAUGAGAGGCAGAUUCCAUUAUUAUGAAGGCUAUCCUAUGUGGAAGGUAGCUAUGCCAGUACGUGUUAUGAAAGCUAUGGGUAUAUCAACACUGAUAGUAACGAAUGCAGCAGGAGGUUUGAACCCAGAGUUUAAUACUGGUGAUUUGAUGAUCUUACGAGACCAUAUUGACCUCCCUGGUCUAACUGGAGAGUGUGUUCUUAUCGGUAGAAAUGAUGAAAGAUUUGGGCCAAGAUUUCCUGCCACUGUCGGUACCUACGAUGAUCAGUUGAUCAAACAAGCCAAAGCUAUUGCUCAGGAAUUAGGUUAUGGACCUGUUUUAAGAGAAGGGGUUUAUAUAAUGAUUGGAGGUCCUACUUUUGAAACUGUGGCUGAGUCCAGGUUACUGAGAAAUUGGGGUGCCGAUGCUGUUGGUAUGAGUACAGUACCUGAAGCUGUGGUAGCCAAACACUGUGGGUUGAAAGUAUUUGGAAUAUCUUUAAUCACUGACAUGUGUUCAUUAUCUUACGAUGCUGUCAAUGCCACCACUCAUGAAGAAGUUCUGAAAAUAGGACAGAAAAGAGCUGGAGAUCUACAGAAACUUGUUAGUUGUCUGAUCGGAAAGAUACAAGAUUAA